GUCGUACCCCACCGAACCAUUUUAGUGUAACUCCAUGAUGGCAGCUGUGGUGAGAAAACAUGUGGAGAUGUCAGAGGACGACUCAGAGCCUCAGCUUGAGGACGACAGUGACCAGAAUGAGUCGGAUGGAGGGAAGGAGGUGGACGGGUCCGAUGAUGGAGGGAGUGAUGGAGGGAGAGAUGGAGGGAGCGAUGGGGAGGAGGCAGAGGAUGAAGAUGGAGGAGAGGAUGAGGAGGAAGAUGAUGGUAACACCAAUGCUGGAUGGGCCGAGGCCAUGGCGAAGAUCCUGGGGAAGAAAACCCCCGAGAGCAAGAGCAGCAUCCUGGUGAAGAACAAGGAGCUGGAGAAGGUGAAGGAGAGAGAGAGACAGGAGCAGCUGGAGAGGAAGAACCAGGUGGACAAGAGACAAGCCUGGGAGAUGCUGUGCAGAGAGAAACCCGACAUAGUAAAGGACCGUGAGAGUGAGAGAGCUCUGCAGAGGAUCGCCACCAGAGGGGUGGUGCAGCUGUUCAACGCUGUGAGGAAACACCAGAAAACCAUGGAUGACAAGGUGAAGGAAGUGGAAGGCUCAGAGAGGAAGAAGGCCAAGAUCCUGUCUUCUGUCUCGAAGAAGGACUUCAUCGACGUGCUGAGGAGGACGGAGGGAGGAGGUGGAGGCUCCGCCAAGGCGGAGAGGGAGGAGGCUGCAGCAGACGAGAAGCCUGCCUGGAGCGUCCUCAGAGACGACUACAUGAUGGGGGCCACCAUGAAGGACUGGGACAAAGACAGUGACGGAGAGGAUGCUGAUCCUCACACAGGAGGGGGGGCAGAGGAAAGUGAUUCAGACUGACACCAUCCAUACUCACUGAGGGGACUGUGUGGUGCCUUCAGGGACAGUCUGGGCAGCACAAACCCUGACCUGCAGAGACCAGCAGCUCAGAGAGGACGGAGAAAGUGUGGAAAUGUUCCUGGACUGAUAAACACAUAGGACAAGCUUCUCUCGGCCGGUCGCAGUAUGAUGUGUUCUGUGACCGUCCUCCGCUCCGACCACAGGUCACAUGUGGAGACGGGAUGUAACAGAUGAGAAUGGAGGAAGUGUCAGAGGCUCCUCCAGGUUUGAUCUCCUGCUCCAUCUUGGAGUCAGAGUCCAUCUGCUCCUGUUCAGUCUACAAACUGUUUUCUGAGUGAACGACCUGUAAACUCUGUAAAUAGACAUGUUUUCUACUAUAAUGGUUGAAUAAACAGCCAGUUCAUGUAU